GCUAAUUCCACGCGCCGCCUCGCGAUUCUAUAGAGCGCAGGCGCAUUCACGAGCGCUACAGUAGCUCAUUGCUGCAUUCUUUUGCAGCCCAACAAGCGCGCUGCCUUUUGCCGCAUUGCAAAGCGCGAGCUCUUCGCACCAAAAGCAGUCAACACUCGCCGCCUCGACAGCAGCCAACCAUGGCCGACUUCUCGCUCGGCCCGAGUCAAGCAGACGCCGAUGCCUUCAUGAGGGAAGCACAACAAAAACCAGAAAUCAACGACGACGACGAGACCGUCGCCCCCGACCAUCGGUCCGAGGGCCCCGUCGUGACUAUUUUAAUAGGCAUGGCUGGGUCUGGCAAGACUACUUUAUUCCACAGAUUACACUACGACGCCCAGGAGAAAGGCCGGAGGUGUUAUUUCGUGAAUCUAGAUCCCGCGGUCCUCGAAGUACCCAUCGAGCCCCAGAUUGAUAUUAGGGAUACCAUAGAUUAUAAAGGAAUCAUGACGGAGUACAAGUUGGGACCGAACGGCGCCAUCGUCACCGCAUUGAAUUUGUUUGCCACACAAUUUGCGGACGUCAUGACGAUCCUCGAGAAACGUAAAAAUGACUAUGAGCACAUUAUCGUGGACACGCCGGGCCAGAUCGAGGCCUUUACCUGGAGUGCGUCGGGGCAAUUGAUCGCCGAGUCGUUAGCUUCUACGUUCGCUACCAAUGUGGUCUAUGUGGUGGACACACCGCGAACAAGUGCACCAGCAACAUUUAUGUCGAACAUGGUGUAUGCUUGCUCUAUAUUACACAAGUACCGUUUACCGCUCACAGCGGCCUUCAACAAGUGCGACGUCGCGGACCACAAGCCCAUGUUCGAUUGGAUGGAGGACUUCGAGGCGUUCCACGAGGCUUUGGAUCGGUCUUCCCAGGAUUCUCCCGAUGGGGCGGGGUAUGUCACCUCAUUACAUCGGUCCAUGUCGCUGGUGCUGGAUGAAUUUUAUCGCGUGUUGGAUCGGGUCGCGGUGUCGGCCGUCGACGGGAGCGGCAUCGACGAGUUGUACGAGCGCAUGACGUCGUCUCGCGCGAAAUAUGAUGAGACGUACGGGCGGGAGCUGGAGCAGAGGAUCGCGAAGAACAAAGCAAAAAGGGAGAAGAUCGCCGCCGAGGACCUCGCUCGGUUGCAGCGCGACAUGGCGUCGGACGAUUCCGAGAUAGUGCCGGGCGCCGCGUCGCAGGCCGCGAAGGAGGGGCGGCGGCUCCCGUAAGUAGUUUUUCC